AUGUCUUUGGAAUGGCGGCCCCACGGCGGGGGCCUCCCCGCCCUGCGCGCAUGCGCGCGCGCGCCCGCCCGCGGGCCGAGCGUUGGGGCGCGCGCCCAGGCGGGGGCGUGCCCGGAGCCCUUAAAGGAGCCGGUCCCGUCCCGUCCGAGCCCCGGCCGUCGCGGGUCGGUGGCCAUGCCCCCGCCAGCGGGGUCCCGGGGGUCCUGGUCCCCGACCCACGUGCAGGUGACGGUGCUGCGGGCCCGGGGCCUGCGGGCCAAGGGCCCCGGGGGCACCAGCGACGCCUACGCGCUGAUCCAGGUGGGCAAGGAGAAGUACGCCACGUCGGUGUCGGAGCGCUGCCCGGGCGCGCCCGUCUGGAGGGAGGAGGCCACCUUCGAGCUGCCGCCGUGGCCGGCCCCCGCCACCCUGCGCCUCACCGUCCUCCACCGAGCCCUGCUGGGCCUCGACAAGUUCCUGGGCCAAGCCGAGGUGGACCUCAGCCACCCACCGCAGGGCCGCACGAAGACCCAGUGGUAUCCCUUAAAGUCCAAGCCAGGAAAGAAGGAAAAAGAGCGAGGGGAAAUCGAGGUUGACAUCCAGUUCAUGAGGAACAACAUGACCGCUAGCAUGUUUGACCUGUCUAUGAAAGACAAGCCCCGAAGUCCAUUUGGGAAACUGAAGGACAGAAUCAAGGGAAAGAGGCAAGACGGACUUUCUGACACCGCUUCUGCCAUCGUCCCCAGUAUGACUCACUCCCCAGUGGACAGUGAUGAGGAAUCACCUACGAAAGAGAAGAAGAAGAAAUCAAAGUUCAAGACCUUAUUUUCCAAGGCUGGUUUGCAGAAAACCUCCCUCUCCCAGUCCAUGUCUGUCCUGCCCACUUCCAAACCAGAGAAAGUGACACUUCGGCCACAAGACUUCCGCUCCCGGUGGGAAGAUGAUGAUUUUGAGGAUGAAUCUUCCUCAACCUCUGAAAGCAUGUCUCACAAGAGGACAGCAAGUGCAGAUCCCAAACAGUUAAGCCAGAUCACCUACAACAUUCCCAAAAAAGAAGGACUCUCCCUUUUCAGUGGCCUUAGGUCCAAGAACGAUCACCUUUCCCGAUCUAAUGUGUGCAUCAAUGGGAAUCACGUUUACAUGGAGCAACCAGAACCCAAAAGUGAAACUCUGCCAAGAGACAACACUCCUUCUUCCUCCCCAUCCCCUCAAGGCUUUAGGAAGAAACACUUGUUCUCUUCUGCCGAAAACCUGUCUUCCAGAUCAUCAAAGGAACUUGGAGACCCAGGAAGAAUGUCUCCUGACAGAAGGCUGUCUGGGUCUCCCUCAAAAGACUCACUUAAAUCCUUGACUCUGCCAUCUUAUAAACCUCUGGCUAGUGGGGACUUAAGGGAGAACAUUUUGCCUGAGAAUGUGGAGGCAGCAAAAGAAAUGAAAGAGAAUAAGAAGCAGGAGAACAAGAAGUCCUCUCUGCUGUCUCUUGUCACAGGAAAAAAGGAGGUGGCAAAGAACAGUGAAGCAGAGAACCCUGCCAACAUCACAGUGAAGGAGAAAGAAGUGAACCCCGCAGAAGUCAAAGGGGAGGAAAAACCGGCUGAGCCUGUGAGAGGCCCUUUGGUAGAUCCUGGGAAAGACCCACAUGCCGCUGUGUCCGGACAGGGUAAAGCUUUAAACCCCUUUGAGGAGGUGCUGAUCCUGGAUCCCGAAACUGAGCCGGAACCAGAACCCAAACCUGAAACCAAACCGACUUCAGCCUCAGCAAGAGCGCCCCAAACCAAAGCUGUCAAACCCAGAGUGUCUCCAGAGGCUCCACCCAAAGCCACGCUUCUUUCUUCUCUUUGUGAUUCUUCUCUUUCUUUUUCUGGGCAAACUUCCAUUCCGGGUCAUAAACCUCCCCCUUCCAAAACAAGACAAGAUUCAGAAACACAAUCCCUUGAAAGCCUUCCUGGCUGUUCCUCUCUGUCACCUCUCACCGCUCCCCUUUCCACUUCUACUCCUAUUGAAAGUUGGCCUCCCUUAAAUACGAACCAGGUUGAUUCUGCAAGGCCUUCUUUCCUCCAUACAGUCAAGUCUCAAAAUGAGAGUGCAACCAAAGAUUCCACCUCUUUCGGAGGGCUUUCUGAACAACCUCUAGUUCCUCUGUAUCCAGGGGCAGCCACCUCUGCAGAGGGAGCUAAUGAAAUCAGUGAAGUGGAACUGGUAGGCCCCGUCCCAAGGAAGAGCACAGGCUUGAGUGGCAGAAAACCAGCACAGUCCCUCAUGGAGGAGCAGAAAGGUGCAAAUCCUGAGCAGCUUGAGGAAGUCCAACAAAAAGAAAAGGACACCAAGCUUUCUCAGAACCACUACCGACAAGGAUUUGGUGGUUACCUUUCCUCCAGGGAAAAUGCAAGCGAGUAUAAUGAGAUUAUCACCCAGGGUAGCAGUGAGGGCAGCAGGAGCCCAAAUGCUAAACUUUGGAUGAAAUCAAAUGAAGAAUUUACUCCUGACUCUGAGGCACUGCCUCAGAACACCAGGAAGCAACCAGCUUCUCCAGAAAGCCAAGGAAAUGAAGAUGGAGAAGUGUCUGUCCAUGAAAAAAGUGAGCUGUCGAUCAAAAAGGGUGACUCGUCUUCCCCAUUUGAUGCGGCGGUGCAAAAGGGCGAUGUAGCUGGUCUCACUUGUGCCGAUGGUCAAAAGAAAAGCAAGAAGUCUGUGUCCUUUUAUGAACAUUCCCUCCUGGAAGAGGACGUGGAAGAUUCCACUAUAGAGAAGGCUGGAAAUCAGCUUUCAGAGCUGAAAUUUAAAGAAAAAAUGGCCGGUGAUAUUUUCUCUGAGUUAAAGCCACCUGCAUCCAUUUCAAGACUCCAGGAAUCCGACACAGGAGACACUACGGAUAAAACUGGGAUUGAAGUGGACCCUCAUUCUCUGCCGCCAGAGCCAAAGCCAAGAAGUAUUUUCAAACUAAAUCAUGAUGGAUCGGCGUCUCUAGCUGGCGGCCGCCUUUCUUCUUCCCGCUCUCCACCUGUCAACGUAGCAGACCAGACGGUGGGGUCCACGCUUGGUGGUGAGAGUCUCUCAGGAGGCUCGAUCAGUGAAGACAGCUCACGACAAGCUCCUCCGUUAUUCCGGAUUGAGGAAUAUGAUCUCAACAGCGAGCAUUUUCAAAGUAAAGCCAACGAUCACGAAGGUUUAUUAUCUGACCCCCUGAAGGAUCUUAAAUCUGCUCCGGACCUUAGAUCUCCAGUUACCGGAGAUCUGAACUUAACCCUCCCUUCUAUUCCGGAAGCGACCUCGGAUGAUGAGAGAGUAGACCAGUAUGAAGAGGACAAAAUGGCUGUAAACAGUACAGAUCCUGAUGAGGCCAGGACCCCUUUUUCGAGUCUGUCGUUGGCCUGCACUAAGGAGGGAGAUCAGAGCCCAACAGAGAGUUGGAGAAGUGAGGCUAGGCAGGCUACAUCAGUCCAGAAGGAAACGAAGGACGCUGAAACAAACAAACCUGAAGGAGCUGCUACAUCCAGCAGGUCCGCUUCAAAGGAGAUUUCAGCUUUAGGAAUUCAUGAAACCCGUGUUUUGGGAUUAGCCAUACAGCUGUCGAGCCCCGGUAGCGUUGAGGAGCAGGAGUUGAAGGAGGAUGACCCCUUUAAGGAAAGCGGGAAGCCACUCUCUUUCUCUGAAACCCCUCAGGCUUCCUCUAUUUCAAAUCCCUCCCUUUCUGAGCCUUUUUCUCCAGCACACUCCUCCUCCAGCUCUCCACACUCUGACACUUAUGACACUGGUAAAGCAGAAUCUCCAAAAAAAGCAACAGCAGAGGGCUCGGCUGAUAAAGUUGAAAAUUCUGGCAAGAAGAAGCAGCUGCUUCGGGCGUGGGUUUCCCCCUCGGAGACACAGCCGGUCCCAACUCAGCUGAGUGGUGGGGCUGUGUCUGCCAAGCAAAGACCGCACCCUGUGAAGCCAAUGAAUACAACAGCGUCCAAGUCUCUCAGCACCAGCUUGGGAACUGCCACGAUCAUCAGUGAAAACCUGAUUAAUGAAGCCAUUAUAAAGAAAUACAACCCCUCCGACCCUGCCUGUGCGUAUGCCCAGUUAACCCAUGACGAGCUGAUCCAGUUGGUUCUGAAACAAAAGGAAACCAUCAACAAGAAGGAGUUUCAGGUGCGGGAGUUGGAAGACUACAUUGAUAACCUGCUUGUCAGAGUCAUGGAGGAAACUCCCAACAUCCUGCGCACUCCAGCACAGUUAGGGAAGAAAGCAGGCAAGAUGUGAGACAUCCGAAUAAAGGACAGACGGCCUCCUCCUACCUUCGUUUACAAGCUGUCUUGGGGAAAUGGAUGUCCUGCGGAUCAGAGGAACAGCAACUAGAAUCUGCUUUUGAAUUACCUGUUCCCUUGCAAAUUGUCUGAUGAGAGUGAAUUUUACUAAUCUCAAGCCUGGUCAAUUAUUGCAGUUGAAUCUCUGGACCCAUUCUCAGAGAUGAAUAGAAGCUUUGUACUGUGCCUUUUAAAUGUGUUGUAAAUAUUUUAUUCCUACCAGGAGCCUGGUUACGAGAUCUAAACAAGAGAUCGGAGAUUCAGAAGGCCUUGGGAGGCAUUAAUGAAUUUUAACUGCAGGGCGUCAUUUCUUUUUGAAACCCACAGCUGCCUUCUACAAGCCUCAGAAGGAGAAGGGGCAAACCAGGCGCCUGAUGCCAUCUUUCGCUCAUCUCUUCUUGACUUUAAGUAGUUUGGGGAUUGCAUUCUGGUGACAGAUGCACUAUUGCAAACCUGAUACCAUAUAAAUCUGAACAACCUUCCUGGAUUUGACUUCAGUUUGGGUAACCGUGGCAUGAUUAUUUUAAGGAAUGCCUUCUGAAAGUGCCUUAGUGUAAUCUAGAUGAGUUGCCUUUCGUGAAUAGCGUCCUGUCUCGCCUUUCUCCACCCUCCCUCCUUUGUCCCCAAAACAGACUUGAAUAUUUCAGAACAGUCUGUAGAGUCCUACCACAGGGAGGUAUGUCAUCUCAGUUUUGGGAAGGAGAAAAGCAGAAUUCAACCCCAACUCAACUCUCAUUUGGAAGGGAAGCCGGGUAAGAGUCACUGCUAACUCAGCCGCAGGCAUCCUCCUGGCUGCAAGAGUGAAUUCGGCUGCUCGCCAAAUUGAAUGACACGUGGAAAGAAGGGAGGAGGAGGAGGAGGAGGAGAGUGAGCCCCUUGGCAGUCAAAGCCAACAUUUUCAACUGGGUCUCUGUAACAGACUCUGCAGAAAACCUGCCCUGCUUUCCAGUUUCUUCGUCAGGCCAAUCCUCUACUGCCGCUUAAGUCAGUCCAUUAUGUCACAGGGAGUGGGAACAGUACAGAAUCUGUUGUUUUAAGUGUUCCUUAUGAAUUAACCGAGGAAGCAAUCAGAUGAGAGAGUAGACCUAAUGCUUGUUUUGAACCUUUCUGGAGGCCUUAUUCCGAUUAAGUGCACUUUCCACACCUCCCCUUCAGUGAACCUGCCAUUUCCAGGUGGUGGUGGAAGUGAGAGGAGGGCAUCAGGCAUCACUGUUAGGACUGUAUUUCAUCAUCAUUCCUAAAAGCCAGUCAAAAGCUGAAAUUUCUCCACUACUUUCCUGAAAGACAUUCUGACUCGUUUCAAUCUACUGCUGCUCCUUUUUGUUUUUUUGAUUAUUUUUCUUUUGGGUAUGGGUUUGUGAAAAGUAAGAUGUAACCCUUUCCUGAGAUUGAUCGAAUUUUGUAAAACUCCCUAGGGUUACUUUUCCUCCUUUUCCCUUAAAUAUUGUUUCGAAGGCUUCAGGAAGCUGUCAUGUGGUACUUUAUAGUGUGAUCCAUGGGCUAGCUACAAUAUAGGUUCUAGAAUCAUACCACCUUCCUGCUGAGAAGGUGAAUGUAGGUUUAUUGUAGGACUGAGACUGGGAGCGGGAAAGCAGGCACAGCUACUAAAUGCCCAACCCCUUGCAUGAAAACUAUUCUUUUUUUUUAAGUUGAAAACUUUCCUAGUGUGUGCCAUUUGGCAUGAUGAUUGAGGGUGAAAUAUUUUCUCCUGAUAGGAAGCAGAUAGUUUCUGCUGCAGUUUUAUCUGAAGGGUGAUAACUACAGCUUGAUGCAUCGUAGUAGCCCUUUAGAACAGGACAGCCAUAGCUAAAGUUGUGAUAUUUAAUACUUUCUUCUAACCCUGAAGACCUCUUCUCGGAUAACUUAUGUUUUUGCUGUGUUAAACACAGUGAAAUAUAUUUACCCAUUUAAAAAAUCCAAAUGUUCAUUUGAACCUGGGAAAUAUAUCUCCCUCUCUAUCAAGAUGAAUAUAUAUGUAUUUAUAUACAUAUAUUGGUAUGUAUAUAUAAAUGU